AAUGUGUUAAUUUGUGUGUAUAAAAAUUAAAAAAUCCUUUUCUUCCCCCAAAUAUCUGGUUCUGUGUCUUAUAAAUCUCUUUUACAUUACAUAUUCUUUCUCACACAGUUUCACCUUCCACUACGUGUGUUAUUCCUUAUUUGUUUCCAUCCAAAAACAAUGCAGAAAAGAAAACUGAUCACUUAAUCCACCUAUACAUAUAGUUCAGGUUUGAAAUCUAUAUCUAUAUACAAACUAUUCAACUCUGUUUUUGACUGAGCUAUAGAAACAGAUAUAAUCACAGUUUUUCAAUCUAUCUAUACGUAUAUAUAUUUGUUUUACAUCAUGGACACAUAUAGUCAUACUUACUAUCUGUAUUUUCUGAUGAUAUUUGAUUUGAUCGAAAACUGAUCAUAAUUGACAAAUGCGGAAAACUGAUCGGUUCUGUCAUAUAUAGUGUUAUAUAAUCAACCUAUAGAUACAGUUCAGUUAUUCAAUCUAUAUACGUAUAUUGUUGUUUGAUUCGAUUUGUAUAAUUUACCUAUCACGUUAGGAAUAUAUACGUAUAUAUCGAUAUAUGUAUAUAUAUAUACACGUGUAUAGAUAUAGAUAUAAAUAUAUAGAUUAAGUAUGUUAGAUCUUAAUAUUGAUGAUUCCGGUGAUCGGAAUGUUUUUGAGAAGAGCGCUCUAGAAGAUCGUCAAUCGGAGAUUCAUUCCGGUACGUCAGUUUCAUCGGACGUGUUAAACGCCGAUGACGUGGAUUCAGUAUCGUAUACCACUGCAAGUUGUAAUUUCGGAAUAAUGGAUAAAAAAUCGGUGAAAGUGAAGGAGAUUAUAAACGGAGAAUCUGGUGGUUUGAUCACAAGGCAGUUUUUUCCUGUUGAGAUUGAUGUGGAUUUAGAGGAUGAGGAGGAGUUAAUAGGUUCGAGGCCGAUAGUAUCGGAUUCGAGUGUUUUUGGAUCACACUGGUUGAAUCUCAGGGUUCCUGAGCCUGUACAAGUGCAACAGAACUUGCCGGCUGUGGUGCAGCAGAAGAAGAGUAGGAGAGGACCGCGGUCUAGAAGCUCGCAGUAUCGUGGUGUUACGUUUUAUCGUAGGACUGGAAGAUGGGAAUCACAUAUUUGGGAUUGUGGGAAGCAAGUGUAUUUAGGUGGGUUUGACACUGCUCUUGCUGCAGCUAGAGCUUAUGAUCGGGCUGCUAUCAAGUUCCGGGGAAUUGAUGCUGAUAUAAAUUUUCAUAUUAACGAAUAUGAGGAAGAUAUGGCACAGGCCAAAAAUAUGUCAAAAGAAGAAUUCAUCCAUAUACUGCGUCGGCAGAGCACAGGAUUCUCUAGAGGAAGUUCAAAAUACCGAGGAGUAACCCUUCAUAAAUGUGGCAGGUGGGAGGCUCGCAUGGGUCAGCUUCUUGGGAAAAAGUAUGUUUACCUUGGAUUAUUCGACAACGAAGUAGAAGCUGCAAGGGCAUAUGACAAAGCUGCCAUUAAAUGUAAUGGCAAGGAAGCUGUCACCAACUUUGAACCAAGCAUCUAUGGAGCAGAUAUAAGUAUGGAAGCCAUAGAUGAAGCAAGUGGUCAGAAUCUUGAUCUCAACUUAUGGGUUUCUCCCACUAUAGACAGCCCAAAGGGAAAUGACAAUGUUGGGAACUUGGAUAUGUGUUCUAAAGGUUGUGAAUCAACUUCUGAUAAAAGACAGAAGGUUCAGUCCCGUCCUCCGGUUUAUAUGGGUGGAGAAACAGAAGCAUCCAAGCACUAUCCCAUUUGGCCCAACAUGUAUUCUGGUUUAACACCAAACUAUGAGGAAAUAGCAUUAGUAAAGGGGUCUAAGAGCGUUCUUCCUUCACCGGAACUCACAAACACAUCAUGGCAAAUGCAGAUGCAGGUGCAACUGCAAACACAAAUGUUGAGAGGUCAUGGUGUGGCUCUUCCCAUUCCAGUUUCUUUUAAUGCAGCAUCAUCAGGAUUCUCUUCUUCUCGUGUCCACUCAAACAAGACAUAUCAUGACACUUCCACGAGGAUGCCUACGGGUACUCACCCAUACUAUACUAACCAGAUUGGUUAAGUGAUUUCCGGUUCAGUACCAAAACUAGAACCUUGCUUCCAGUGCCAAAGCUCACUGAGGGAUCCAGCAUCACAUAUUAUUUCUAUUUCUGCGUUGUGUGUAUAAAUGAUACCAAGCAGUGUGAAGCAUUACGGUGAAAACACACACUGUGAAGCAUGACUUGAUAUUAUUCUUUGUAGCUGCUGCUUAUUAUAUGUUUGGAUGGAUAUUAUUCUUUGUAGCUGCUUCUUACUGUUUGGUGUUAGCAUUCUGUUGAGGGAUUAUCAUAUGCAAUAGCCAAAUAGUUAAGGUAUGAAGUUGUAUACUACAUGAAAGACUCCGUGAAUACAAAAAAAUAAGUUGCUAUCUGCA